GGAGAAUGACGCACAUUACCUACCUACUUACCUACCUACCCACCUACCUAUCUACCUACCUAUAAUACCUAUUCGAUUUCUAUCUUCGAUCUGAAAAGGGCGAGAAUUUUGAAAAACAUCGUUUCUCUUGCACACAUAAAAUAGGAACAUUGAAAUAGGUAUCUACGUUGUAUAAGUGUAUAUCAUUUCUCAGAAUUGUGUGAAAUAUGGCUGUCAGAGGAACUUUAAUUUCCUUGAAUGAGAUUAUACAACGAGCGAUUGGUAUCAACGAUAUUGAACAAAUGCCAGGCGUCCAGAAUUUGAAUCGUAGAUCUGAUCCACAAGAAGAAGCGUUUUUGUAUGGCACGCUAAAUCAUCCGUCUCUAAGUGAAUCGUCUUGGUCACAGAUCGAUCGCUCACCUCUUCAUGAAAGACGAUGCAGACAACAACGACGGCGACGACGGCGAUGGAAAAUUAGUAAUUGCUUUCGGUGUACAUCGGCCGUGAGAGACGAGGCACAUAACUCGCAAAUAGCGUCCCCGUCUGAGAAAUCUCCAGGGUUGGAAAGUAAUGCGUUACUUGUAACGCACUUACCGUUACUUUUCUUUGACAAUGGACUGGUAACAACUAGAAAGUAACUUUUCCAAUCCUGGAAAUCUCCGACCUGUCAAAUGUCAAGAUCUCAGUUUUUAUGAUAGAAUGAAUAAGAUCUUCGCUUUUCGACAAACUUAUUAUUUUAUUAUAAUUGAUUGAUAGAGUUGAAAUACCUUUUAUAUUUUAGAUUAAAAUUGUUUGCGGAUUCCAAAAGGAAUAUCAAUAAUAUUCUUUUUUGUGUGAAAGAGUUAUUAUAAAAAAGUAUUAAAAAAUUAUCAACUCUUUUAAAUGAAAUGAUAUAUUUUUUAAC